AUGACAAAUUCACGUGAGCAUAAUAAUGUUAACACUGUGAUGACCAGAAGUAGUAAGUCUACUGAGGAACUAGAAGAAAACAAUGCGGAAGAAGAUGGGUUGUUGGAACUCGAUUUAGAAAUCAAAGAAACAAAGAAAAUAGAGGAGGAGGUUGUGAUAAUGCCUAUAAAGGAGAAAGAAAAAGCUGCCAAGCCAAUCAUCAAACUCCCUUAUCCUCCGAGACAAAAGAAGAAAGACCAACAUGAAAAGAAUUUUGAGAAGUUUUUAGAAAUUGCUAUUCUUCAAGGUAUGAAAAUUCCUGUGAAAAAGAAAGAUAGAGGUUAUGUUAGUAUUCCAUGCACUAUUGGUGAUCGAAAAUUCAAGAAGGCUCUGAUUGACUUGGGAGCUAGUGUGAGCUUGAUGCCGCUAUCCAUUUAUAAAAAAAUGGGCCUUGGCACCGUUCAAGACACUAGGAUGACCCUUCAGUUUGCUGAUCGCUUAGUUAGGCGACCAUAUAGAAUUAUGGAAGAUGUUCUGGUAAAGAUAGAUAAAUUUGUGUUUCCAGUUGACUUUGUCAUUCUUGAGAUGCCUGAAGACGAGGAGAUCCCUCUCAUAUUGGGCCGACCAUUUUUAGAGAUAUGA